CCCCUUUUUAGUUGAGAGGGGGCUCUCUCUCAGAAAAUAUAGACCUUUGAGAAGGAAACACCAUAACGCCUUGGGAGCAUUCACGAAUCUCCAUAUCUAAUUUGCGAAAAAUGCCAGAUUGAAGUCCUAAAGCUUCAAAAUCGUUAUCUUCCUCCACUUUUGAAGAACACAUGACUUCCCUCCUACAUUAGUGUAAACUACUUUUGUGCAUUGAACCCAACCAAAAGAAAUUGCCGAAAAGUGAGUUCCUCAUCUUCGUAAUAGAGACAAGAAGCAAGAAGAGGCAUGAUACGAAAUUAAUUACACAUAUUUACUCCUUGUAUCUUAGACAUUUCUUGUUCAUUUGGUAUGAAAACACCCUCUCUUAUGCCAAUUUUACGCUAGGUUGUGUUCUUUUGACAUAUUUCAGGUCCUAGCACUUGAAGGAAGCUUAGGAGCAAGUUCCACGACAUUUGGAGGUCAAAAUGGGGCAAAAAAGACAGCUAGACAAAAAGUUACGACCGGGGAGUGACUUCUUCUCCCAAACUGUGAGAAUGAGGCAGGGAGGUAGACACACUUUUUUUAAGUCACGGACAAGAGUCCUGGCUGUGAUUUCGCCUCUGUUGCGGGUAUAAAUGGAUUUAUUUGUUAAUUAUGAAGGGCAAAACUAGUUUUUUGGAUCCCGAACACCCAAGGAACGAAUCCUAGAGGUAGAGAGCAAUCCAGGGGUGAUCUUGGAGCCAAAUUUGAGUAUUUCUUCACCAUUGGAGCACGAGGAACUAGUUUGGAAGUGAAGAUUGAAGAUCAAAACUAGAUUAUGUAUUAAGUUUCCUCUCUAUGGAGCAACUUACCUUCACUUGGGUUUGAUGAAUCCUAUGUAUUUUUGUUUGAUUAGAGGAUUGCAUGAUUACUCUGAGUUUCCAAUAUAUGCAUGGUUUACAUAUAAAUUAUUAUUUAAUUGAGAUUAUUGAUUUAUGCUUUGAUCUAUGAGAGAGAAUAUAUGAUUAGGUUGAUAGAGCAACAUCGAUUGGAAGUACGAGAUCAAUUAUUCUAGAGUGAGUCUACCAAUUGGUUUUUAUUGGGUGAGAAUCUUACCCAAUAAAGGGAGUCUAGUGUGAAUUGCAUUGGUAUUUUGUCUUUGUUGAGGAUAGUGUCCCUCUAAAUGGUCUAUUUAAGAGGACAAUGUAUGUUUUAAACGAGGUUCAAGGCUUGUUAAGGACUUUCACAUGAUGAAUGAAGCGUGAAAUAAGUUAGAGAAUCAUCAAUCAGUAAUCUAUCUAGUGGUUAGGGGAAACCAUUACCUGAGUGAGCCUCCUAACUUGUAAUUAGUUAGUUUAACCCUUUAGUAGUUUGUUAGAGUAGUUUUAAUUGUUUAACUCAAAUAUGAAUUUGCUAGAUGAUAACCUGAAGCUGAGUAAUAGUAAAUUUAGAGACCCAUGAAUGUGAUAAUUUUAUUACUUAUUACGAGACUCUCUCAUGAAUUAGUUCAAAAGUAUAUACUAGUGGGCUAUUUUUCUUCGCACAAAGGAAUCUAUUAGGGGAAUUUUUUGCCCCAAUAUUUAUUUGUUAGCAAUCGAGGUUUUCAUCUAUAUAUUGGAUGAGUAAGCUACCUCAAGUCUCCUUACAUAAUCCAUACCAUCCCAUAUGAAAGCGAGUUGGUUUGACUCACUUAUGCUUUACUAACAACUUGUUAAUCUUUUUAAGCUUAUGUCUUGUCUUUGUUCUAAUCCAGGCAAGAGGAUUUUUUUUUGUGGCAGUUUAACUCACCAACAAAUACAUAACAUGGAUGCUAAGUUUGGGUAAAAGCUAGGUAAGUUUCAUGUUAGAAUCUAGGUGUCCAGUUGGUGGAUGGUAAGCAUUUUGUCCCUGCUUGUAGGUCUUUGAUAGAUAAAACUCUUUCUCGCGUACUUGAGUACACAUAUCAUAAAAAUCUUUAUUCGUUAUCUACAUAUUGUCCACUAAACAUCAUCUCAUAUUCCAUGGUAAGAACUUCACAUCCUACUCUUACCACAAUAUCUAGCACCUCCCGACCCCUUUCUUAUUCUUUGCAUGAACUGUUGGAGGAAUAGGAACAUGCUACUUUCCUUUACUCUUGUCCGUCUAUUGAUUCAUAUGUUGAGGCUUCUUGUUUAUUUGUACAUCUUCUUGUAUCUUGGUUUUUCUCUUAACUUAUGUCGAAUGGUUAUGAUUUAUGACAGAGAGUCACCAUGUGGGAAUUCAGGAGCUCACUAGCUCGUUGCAAUCACAUUUUAAAUUUAAAGAGUUGGAAACUCUCUAAUUUUUUCUAGGCAUUGAAAUUGUGUGAUCACACCUGGGAAAUUUAUUUCCAACGAAAUACAUCACUUAUAUUUUAUCGGCGACUCAUUACUCUAAGUACAAGGCAUGUUCUACUUCUAUGGAUUUGAACAUGAAGUGCAACGUAGAAGAUAGAAAAUUAUUAUCCGAUUCGAUGUUUUACACGAAACUUGUGGGUAGAGCUUCCAAGAGGCUGAACAUUGCUUAUGAAGUUCAGAUAGUGAGUCAAUUUAUGAGCUGACCAUGUCAACUUCACUUAGAUUAUGUCUUUAAGAUUUGACGCUAUUUAUAGGGCUCAAAGGAGGUGUUCACCUUUCUUCCCUCCCCCGAUAGACUCACAUUGGAAGCAUCUCAUAUGAAAACUAUCCAAGCUAUCUUGAUACGAGAAAAUCCAUGUCUAGGUGGUGUGUAUGAUUGUGUGCUUUGUUUAUCUUCCAGCUUAGCAAGAAGCAUGAUCAAGUCUCCAAAUCUUCUACAAAAGUGGAGUAUUGGUCUAUAUUUGAGGUAAGCUUUGCGAUCGUAUGGCUUUAUCGACUAUUGGGAGACUUCAUAGUUAUAUCGUCUCAACCUAUCAAGCUCUUUGUUGAUAACUCAAGCACUAUCAAGAUAACAAUGCAACCAGUCUUGUAUGAGCGAAGUGGAACCAAACACAUCGAGGUAUAUGUUCAUCACAUUCAUCCAUUGGUUGGUGAUGGCUUAAUCAAGCUAUCAUUUAGAUAUACUAAAGAUCAGACUGCAGAUUUGCUUACAAAGGUGGUUUUUGCUACUCAUCAUUGGCUCUUAUAUGACAAAUUGCUAUAAUAUAUUAUGACCAAAUUGAGGGAGGAUGUUGAAUCCCAUCAUGUGUGGCUUACGUAUAUGGAUUGUAGUUGGUUGUGUAUGGUAGUUAUCUGCGGUUUCCGAAACUUUAUAAAUACAAAAUGUACGGCUCCUACAAGGGUAGAGCCUUUCACGAUUGAGCUCAAUAAGAAUAAGAGAAAGUGUUUCCACAGUUCACCUUCUUCUUUCUUCAGUUCAUCCUUUCCUUGUUAAGUUUCCAACAUCAUCUCGUAUUCCAUGUUAACAACUUCAUUUCCUACUACCACCCCGACUCUUUCUUAUUAUGUUUGAACGGCUGGAGGACUAGGAGCUUACCACUUUCCUUUACUCUUGUCCUUCUGUUGAUGCAUAUCCUGAGGCUCCUAAACCACUUGAUAAUGAGUGUUUUUUUCUUUGUUCUUUUGCAUGCUGAGUAUGGUAUUUCGUACAAGCAUUGUUUUGUUUCUAACUACCUAUGAUCAAGCAAGAGCAACUUCAACUAGAUGUGCAUUCAGACAAGUGUUUAUUUUAACUCCUUUUCCACUACUCUUGUGAAUGGUCAAUGCAUAAUGGGUGUCUGAAACUUUAUUUGUGUCUUAAAGCACAUCCUUAAGGGGCCACUUCAUUCGGUGGGGGAUUAUACGAUACUAAGCAAUACCAAACUGUCGCGAACUAACUUCAAUUGAAUUUGUGUGCUUCUAUGCAAUGAAUGACGUCCUCAUACACGCUCUUGGACUUUUACCCCUAAAUCUAUUUGUUAUGACAACGUCUUUAUAUUUUUUAUUGUUAGGUAAAAAUGUUCUUUUAUAAAGAUACCAAUUAACUAAAAAUAUUUAAAAGGAGAAGACUCAUGUAGAAUAAAUCAUUCAUUGUAUUCAAACAUGUCAAGACAUCAUUUUACUUCAAGACGCAAACAUACUUCAGUCACUACUCUAGGCUCCUUAGAAACCAUAGGUAGACUAAAAGCUUCCUGGUGGCAUUUGAUUCGACCAAAGUCACGAUUUGGUGCGAGUCGACCACACUUAUACCCCUAAAAUGGACUCACCCCAUACUUGACCUACGCCGUACUGAGAGAGGAACUAGACUCUCCAGCCUAUCCAGGCUCUGAUACCACUUGUCACGGACAUAGACUUUCGAAGCCCGUGCGGCGUCUUGAGGGGCACUAGCAUUUCCACAUAUGCAUGCCAACUAAUGCAGUCAAAAGCGCGAUUCAAUGUAGAAGCGGUUUAGUGAACUAGAAGCGUAAAACCAUAAGCUUUUAAGCAUUAAAGUGUAGAUUUUGACUAAAAUUGUAAGGGGAAAGUGUGAUUCUACGUGGAAGCGUUUUGGUGAUCUAAAAGGAUAAAAGCACAAGCUCUUAAAUUUUAAACGCGAUUUUGACUGCAUUGAUGGCAACUGGUUUUGCCCUACCUUGGGCUCAUCAGGGAGGCGACAAUAGCCUCCGAUCAGUUGUGGCCCUACAAGCAAAGAUCCCCAUCAUUGUCACUUCCAAACUCGACUAGAACGAUAUACAGACAGACAAUGCCUUAUCGCUAUAGUCGUCUACUUUGCCUCUCUUGUGGCAAGAGAACCAGAUGAUAGCGUUUUUUAGAUAAUAACACGAUCACGAUAUUCCGGGUCGUGACAGGGGGAUAGACCGCAAAUCGGUAAAACGAGCUUGACAGUUUUGACUAGCAACUAUACAGGGGAUCGGUUCAAAUUGUUUGGUGGGUCUAGACUCUAGAUUGCCCGGAUGGUCCGGUUUGGGUGUAACAACAUUGGGAAAAAACCGAAAAAGAAGGUCAUGGGUCAGCUAUGAUGAGCAUGGAUUCUGCCCAAUAAAUAUAAACAGGGUUGGUUGGAUGGGAUGGGAGCAUAAAUGGUGGAUGUCAUCGAGGAUAUGGCGGAGAAGGCAACAUUUAUUCUCUCACACACUUAAAAAAAUCGGUUAGUUGAGCUGCUAACCAGAUCCUCACCUACAUUGUUUAUUUUUUCCUCUUCCCCUUUUACUUGCUGGAUCCGUAUCAUUGCAUUUGAACUGGCAAGAGUCCCCAGUGCUCACUUGCUUGCUUUUUAGUUCGAGGAGCUCUCCUCUCCCUCUUCGCUGUAAAUCGCUUCUUUGGCCGUAGUCCUCUUCUCUCAAUUUUGAGCUUAGUUGGAGGCUGCGAGGGCACGAUUUCUGUUUGUCAAUGGCGGGGUUUCUCUCUAUGCUCAGGCGAACAUAUCUAUCCGUCUAUAACUGGGCCGUCUUCAUUGGCUGGGCACAGGUGUUGUUCUUAGCCGUGAAGACUUUGAAGGAAUCGGGUCAUGAACAUGUGUACAGUGCAGUUGAGAAGCCACUCCAGCUCGCUCAAACUGCUGCCAUUUUGGAGAUUGUCCAUAGUUUAGUGGGUUUGGUUCGGUCUCCCAUUUCGGCAACACUCCCACAGAUUAGUUCGAGAUUGUAUCUUACAUGGAUCAUUUUACAUAGUUUCCCUGAGGUUCAGACGCACUUCCUCGUUAGUAGUUUGACCAUUAGUUGGUCAAUCACAGAGAUUAUUCGAUAUUCGUUCUUCGGCAUGAAGGAAGUCUUCGGUGGAACACCUUCAUUUCUUUUGUGGCUCAGGUAUAGCACUUUUUUGGUGAUGUAUCCCAUUGGUAUCAGCAGUGAAGUUGGUCUCAUUUAUCUCGCCUUGCCUCACAUAAAGGUAUCUGAAAAGUUCUGCAUAAGGAUGCCCAACAGAUGGAACUUCUCCUUCGAUAACUUCUACAUCGCUAUCGUUGCUCUCGGAAUCUAUGUCCCAGGUUCUCCUCACCUCUACAGGUACAUGCUUAGCCAAAGGAAAAAGGCUCUCUCUAAAUCAAAGAGAGAAUAGAAUAUGGCUUCCAACAGAUUGAAGUGAUUCAUUCCUGUUAUGGGUGACUAUCGCAUUCGGUUCGGAGUCAAAUGUAACAGUGUAGUGUACGCAGGAAUAAUUGAACACUUAUGAAACUGGAAUUUAAAUGAUCUCUUCUUCUCCUUUUAUUCUUCUAUUUUUCUCUUCAUCACAAAAAAACGCAAGGAAGCAAUCUAGGCUACAUCAAAGGCUCAAACAUCUUAGUAAUGCUCAAAAUGACACGAAAACACUUGGAAUUACAAAACUCUCAUCAUUUGAGUUACACAACCUUACAAUGGUAGAUCUCAAGUUGCGCAACCUUUAAAAAUGUUCAUUUGAUGAGAUAUGCACCCGCUAGAUCCCAAGUUACCCAACCUUUGCAAGACAGAGUUACACGGAAUUUGAAUAUGAACUUGCAUAACAAAGAAGAAACUAAAAUCUAUUGGGGUAGACCAUGCUACACUAAGUCGGACAAUGUGGAUGUCAUAUGGCGUCAUACCGGCAAAUUUGCAGGAGAUAUAGAUCAAUGUGUGUGACGUGACCUUGCACACAUGAGUUUACAUUACAACACAAUUUCGAAGGUUGAGUUGUAUAAGAUCUAGACCCGAUGUCGUAAUACACUAUUGUGUGAAGU